CCUGCACAGUUACUUGGAGUCAUGCUGGAGUAAUGUGUGAAUUUUUCUUUAAUGACCAAUUUGAUAAUUUCCUAUAGUUCAUAAUUAUAAUAAAUUACUAUAAUCUGCAUUUGCAGACGCUACCAACUUUAGUUCAACUGUAACAUCUAAUAAAAUAGUUGUUUUAGAGGUCAAACAUGCCGUAGCUGUAGACAAUAGCCUGUCUCCUACGUAGUUCAUGGCUGAAGUGCUGUGAGGGGCAGCAGUUGUCCUCAGGCUGUUGCUCUUUGUAAACUUUCAUUAGUUGGUUAGUUUACAUUUUUUGGUCCAGCAUGCAUCUCUCUCCAGGAGAUGAUUCCUCACUCUUUAGUCUUGCAGACCAUCUAAAACCUGCAUACAUGCAUCCAUUAGUCUAUUCAUGAUCUCUGAGCUGAGUGAUGCACCACACGAGCAGCUAACCGGAGACUACGCUCUGAUUCAGGCUAAAACAUUGUAACACUUUGACCUCUGCAGAAUGCACAAGUGGACUAACCUCAGGUCCCAGGCAGCAAGCCGAGCUGCUGGGCCUCUGAAAAGGUAGAUGGUGACAUACGACUCCACGCUGGUCCUCAAAUUGGAGACUUAACAACACAGUGGCCUGUUUUUGAUGAGUUUAUCGUCCUUGUAAAUGAAAAAGAAGGGUUGAUUUAAGUUUUCAGAAAAUAAUAUUGAAUUAAUUAAGUUAAAUUCAGUUUUAUUUGUGAACAGACUUUAUCACAAGGCACUUUUCAGAACUAGAACCGUUUCCAAUGAGAAAGCACAUGGUGCGCUGUCCAUCAUGUCGGUGAUGAGGAAGGAGAUGGAGAAGUACAGGGACAUAGACGAGGACGAGCUGCUGAAGAAACUCUCAGAGGAAGAGCUGCAGCGAUUAGAGGAUGAAUUAGAGGAGCUGGACCCUGAUAACGCGUUGUUGCCGGCUGGGAUGCGGCAGAAGGACCAGACUAAGAAAGCUCCGACGGGGACGUUUCAGAGAGAUGACCUCCUGGCCCAUCUGGAGAAACAGGCCAAAGAGCAUCCUGACACAGAAGACCCGGUUCCCUUCACAGGGGAGAAGAGAGGAAAAGCCUUUGUGCCUAAAAAGAGGGUGGACCCCAUCUUAGAGAACGUGACUCUGGAGCCAGAGCUAGAAGAAGCUCUAGCGAGUGCUACUGAUGCUGAACUGUGUGAUAUUGCAGCCAUUCUGGGUAUGCACACCCUGAUGAGUAACCAGCAGUACUACGAAGCCCUGGCCAGCAGCACCAUUGUCAACAAGCAAGGCCUCAACAGUGUGAUCCAGUGCACUCAGUAUAAACCAGUCCCUGAUGAGGAGCCCAACUCCACUGACGUAGAAGACACCCUGCUGAGAUUAAAGAGGAACGACCCUGACCUAGUUGAAGUCAACCUGAACAACAUCAGGAACAUCCCCAUCCCGACUCUGAAGGCGUACGCUGAGGCCCUGAUGAAGAACACUGUGGUGGAGAGGUUCAGUAUCGUAGGAACCAGGAGCAAUGACCCCGUAGCAUUUGCCCUGGCAGAGAUGUUGAGGGUGAACACGACACUGAAGAGCCUCAACGUCGAGUCCAACUUCAUCACGGGGACUGGAAUCCUUUUCCUCAUAGGGUCACUGCAGUAUAACACCACGCUACAGGAGCUCAAGAUAGACAAUCAGAGCCAGCCGUUAGGCAACAAAGUGGAGAUGGAGAUAGCCAGCAUGCUGGAGAAAAACACCACGCUGUUGAAGUUUGGUUACCAUUUCACCCAGCAGGGCCCGCGCCUCCGAGGCUCCAACGCCAUGAUGAACAACAACGACCUGGCCCGGGUUGUCAGGUCCGAGUCGGACGGCUCCUUCACCCUCACUCUGUCUGUUCCUGAGCUGGAGAGGGCCUUUGGGAAAAAGUUCAAGUGCAAGACUAAUAAGAAAGAGAAGGCUGGAGGGAGGACCCAUCUUCCCUAAGUGUCGGACGAAUGUGUAGAAACCAGGGUUACCUUCAAUCCCCAUGUUCCCUCCUUGACCCCCGUCACCUUUCCGGUGCCUCGUCUCGUAAACAACCUCUGACGACCCUUCAGAAGACCACGACCCCCACGCCGGGUUCAGUUUAGGGUUGGGAGAAAAUCUCUUACUGACAGUUUUAGUAGAUAUUAGAGGAUCCAAUGGGAUUAAUCAGCAUUGUCCUUAUGAGCUUUCGGUGCAUGCUAAAAAGAGUAAUAUUAUCUUGUUCUCUGAAUUUUGUAUUUUGACUCUGGUUUUAGUCUUGGACAACAACAUCUACAGCUAUUUGUAUGAACUUGAUCUCAUCUUGAAUCCUUAAGUAUCUUAUGAAGUGUCUAGAUUUCAUAUUGAAGGGCUGGAGGUCUGGUUUUUAAUGCGCAUCCAUUUGAGAGUUGAUGGGCCUAUUUCACAAGCCUUGUUCCAAUUGAGCUUAAUCAAUUAUAUUAUUAUUAUCAAUGUGCUGUAAAUGAUUUGUACGGUCAUCACUGUUGUUCCCAACAGUUUCUGGUGUCUUGCUUCAACGUCAGCAUAUACAUACAAGGUAUUUUCUACCAACUUUACACAAAAGCCAAUGUCCUUUUUUAGUUUGACAGACAAAACUGAAAAAAAAAACUACAGGAAAACUAUAAUGUCACACUUUGACCCUGUCGUGACAGUUUGACGUUACAGCCGUUUUCCCUACUCUGUUUGAAACUGUAUUUUAGUGACUCAUGUCCUCAGACCUUCAGUUAUAGACAGAUUUGUAAACCUGUGAGAUUGUUUCUAUAUACGGAUUAUAUUUAUUUCUAACAGACCUGGGAAAGAGUCAGUAUCUAUUCAAAUACUUGGCAUUAAUUGGAUCCAUUGUGCUGGAUUGUAUAAUAAAAACAUUUUGCUGUAAAACAAAAUGUGAAUUUUACACGGUUACAUUAUCUAGCAUUUAUAUUAGCAGGCUCUACAGAGGGAUCCUAUUGGCUGUGAAUGACAACUGCCAAUUCAAGUUUUGUUUACUGAAAUUGGAUAUUCUAUGAACCCACUAUAAAAUAUUCUACAAACGACAUCUUGUGAUAUUGAGGUAAUUGUGGACGUUUUGACUAUGUACCAACUCGUACAGUAUUCGAAUGGAUUUCUGCUGCACUUUAAACCAGGUCUGCUUUGUUGACUGUGUUUGUUUGUUUGUUUUUAUUUACUGGAGCUAAAAAAAAAAAAAAGGUGUGCCUUAACAUGAAAUGAUUGGUACUGUUGACUCACUGUUUAUUACGAGUUUCACAUUAACGUCUCAGUCGAGGUUCGGAUUAUUUCAUGAGUGGAUAUUUAGACAGAUUUAAAAACACAGGGAACCUCUAAUGUCUUUACAGCUGUCAGAUUACCAAAUCCACAGCCAACUAUGAUAAAUGCUGCUGUUUAUCUGGUAACAAUUCAUUUGAUUUCUUUUAAUUUUAGACUCAACAGCACAAUGAGAAAAAAAAAAGAGGAACUAGAGCAAUAAUGUCGCUUUUUCCAGAAAUGGUCUGCACACUGUUGAGAUGAGAUUUGUCCGUCUCUCCUACCAACAACUGCACCUGACGCGGACUCUCAGAGAUUAAAAACAGUCCGCUAACCCACUUAAUGUCACCACUACUUUGUUCCUGUUUCGUCGGUGCUGUGGGUGUUGUGUUGUAAACAUUUUAAGACAGUAUCUGAAUGCUGAAAGGCAGCGAGGACUGGGCCCCUGCCACUCUUUUCUUCUGUCUGGUGUUCUCUGAUAUUUUAGUGCUUGACUCUUGUGUUUUGUUUGAUGGUUCACUUCUUUUUUUUUGGGUUGAAUUUUUGAUUAGGGGAAAAAUAAAGCUUGAAAAUACAAAUCCGA